GUAUACAGGGAGCUACCCCAUGUUUCUGAGAUCCGUUAUGACAUCUCACAUUUUUUCCAAGAAGGUGAUGAAGCAGAGGCAGAGCCAUUAUUGUUCCAUGCUGUUCCUGAGUGUCAACUAUCUGGGGAGGACAUUCCCAGCUACCCGAAUCCACAGCAAAAUGUGUAGCUGCAGACAGCAACCAGUCUUAGGAUGUCAGCCCAGGGGUCUCUCCGUGCUUGGCUUGCCCACAGAAUCCUUCUGAGAAAAGCACUGUAGAGCCUUUCUCUUCAUCCCGCUUCUCCAGGUACCUGUUCUUUUUAAACCUAAUCCAUGUGUCAAUUUCUCUGCUGGUCUCUUUCAUGUUGAAAUAAACAGACAUCUCAAGGAAUAGAUCAAAGGCAGAGAAUCUGAUGGAGUUGGUUGCCUUCCUCCGGAAGGUAUCACGUGUUUUAGGGCAGCUUUCUCUCCAGAGGCCUAACGAACCAUUGGCUCUCGCUGUUGGUCAUAGAGCCCAUGUUGGCUAAUAUUGGAAUCACCUGUGAGGCUUUGAAAACGCUGAUGCUUUGGUGCCACCUCCAGGCUUCUGAUUCAAUUGAUGUGGGCUGUGACCUGGUAUUGGGUGGUUUUUAAAGCUUCCCAGGUGUGGUCAAGUUUGGAAUUACCUUGGAAUAUAAAUGCAUGCAUUUUACGCAUUGGUGAAUUACUGCUUCAGUCUUUGAUUCCAACAUCGUAUGAUACCAAUCGGAGCAAUCAAUUUAAGCCAGAGAAUCUGGGUUGUGUCCACAUUGAACGUGGGCAUAAUACAAAGUGAAGAGGGAGAGAUGUCAAGACACAUUUGGCUCAAGGGAGCAUGUUAUCUCUAUUAUUUAUGAAUGUGGAUAAAAAUAUCUUCAUUCAAAAUGUCUUGUGUUUCUUGAUAGUCUAGAUCCGCUCAGUUUAAGAGAGCUCCGAUUGGUAUCAUAUGAUGUUGGAAUCAAAGACUGGAGCAGUAAUUCACCAAUGCGUAAAAUGCAUGCAUUUAUAUUCCAAGGUAAUUCCAAACUUGACCACACCUGGGAAGCUUUAAAAACCACCCAAUGACAGGAGUGUUCCGUUCUCUGCUACACAGUGUUAUAGCUGUGAAUGACAUGUAGGUGUUGAGCACUUGAAAUAUGGAUAGUGCAACUGAGAAAGUAAAGUUUACCUAAGUUUAAUUCAUACAAAUUUAAAUAGCACAUCCGGGUAGCGGCUACUCUAUGGAACAGUGCAGCUCUAGUUUUCAAUAACAUCGUCUUCAUCUUCAUCAACUGAUUCGUGAUAUUUUUCAUCUUUUUGUAACAUGGGGAUCCCAACCUCCAGCGUAUCAGAAGAGCAGGAAUCUUCAGAGGGACAAGAUUCAGGAGACAUUUGCUCAGAAGAGAAUCAAAUUGUUUCCUCUUAUGCUUCUAAAGUCUGUUUUGAGAUCGAACAAGAUUAUAAAAAUCAUCAGUUUCUGGGGCCUGAAGGAAAUGUGGAUGUUGAGUUGAUUGAUAAGAGCACAAACACAUACAGCGUUCGGUUCCCCACUGCUGGCUGGUAUCUGUGGUCAGUCACCGGCCUCGGCUUCCUGGUAAGGGAUGCGGUCACGUUGACGAUUGCGUUUGGUUCCUGGAAUCAGCACCUGGCCCUGGACCUGCAGCACCAUGAACAGUGGCUGGUGGGUGGCCCCUUGUUUGACAUCACUGCAGAGCCAGAGGAGGCUGUUGCCAAAAUCCACCUCCCCCACUUCAUCUCCCUCCAAGCAGGUGAGGUGGACGUCUCCUGGUUCCUCGUUGCCCAUUUUAAGAAUGAAGGGAUGGUCCUGGAGCAUCCAGCCCGGGUGGAGCCUUUCUAUGCUGUCCUGGAAAAGCCCAGCUUCUCUCUGAUGGGCAUCCUGCUGCGGAUCGCCAGCGGGACCCGCCUCUCCAUCCCCAUCACCUCCAACACGUUGAUCUAUUAUCACCCCCACCCCGAAGAUGUUAAGUUCCACUUGUACCUUGUCCCCAGUGACGCCUUGCUAACGAAGAUGAUAGAUGAUGAGGAAGAUCGCUUCUGUGGUGUGCGUCUACAGACAUCACCUCCAGUGGAACCCCUGAACUUUGGUGCCCGUUAUAUUGUGUCUAAUUCUGCUCAUCUGGAAAUAAUACCCACGGAGUUGAAAUUGUCCUACAGGAGCCCUGGAGAAAUCCAGCACUUCUCAAAAUUCUAUGCUGGGCAGAUGAAAGAACCCAUUCAACUUGAAAUUACUGAAAAAAGACAUGAGACUUUGGUCUGGAAGACUGUGCUGAAGCCAGUGGAUAUCCAGCUUGGAGCUGCAUCAGCCCCUCCUGCCUUCUCAGGUGCAGCCUUUGUGAAGGAGAACCACCGGCAACUCCAAGCCAGGAUGGGGGACCUGAAAGGGGUGCUUGAUGAUCUCCAAGACAAUGAGGUUCUCACUGAGAAUGAGAAGGAGCUGGUGGAGCAGGCAAAGACACGGCAGAGCAAGAACGACAGCCUGCUGACCAUGGUGGAGAAGAAAGGGGACCGGGCCCUCGAGCUGCUCUUCAGAAGCCUCAGUGAAAGGGACCCUUACCUUGUGUCCUAUCUUAGACAGCAGAAUUUGUAAAAUGAGUCAGUUAGAUAGUCUGGAAGAGAGAAUCCAGCAUUCUUACUGGAAAUGGAUAAACAGAAAUGUGAUCAUUGAUUUCAGUGUCCAAGACAGAAGAAGACUGGGUAACAUCUAUCACACAGGCUUUCAGGACAGACUUGUAACCUGGCAUGUACCUAUUGACUGUAUCCUCAUGCAUUUUCCUCAAGAAUAUCUGAAGAAGGUAGUAAUAUUCCUUUUAAAUUUUUUCCAACCAUGGCUUGAUAUAUCACUAUUUUAUCCAUUGACAUGUUUCUUGAAGACCCAGGAUAAAGGACGUCCAGAUAGGUGUGUUGAUGAAUGAUGGGGCCUGGAAAGGCGACUUUUCCUGAUUAAUGUGAAAAGUAAUUCCUAUGGACACUCCAUUUGAAGUAUCCCCUUCUCAUAACUAAAAGCAGAAAAGCUAACAAAAGCUUCUUAGCUGAGGACACUCAAGGCAUACAUGAUGAUAGUCUUUUUUUUUUUUUUGUAUGUUAGGACUUCAACACUUUAUCUAUGGCUACUAUUGUUAGAAUAAUGUAAAUGUAUUUGCUGAAAGAGAGCACAAAAAUGGGAGAAAAUGCAAACAUGAGCAGAAAAUCUUUUCCCACUGGUGUGUAGCCUGCUACAAGGAGUUGUUGGGUUAAAUGUUCACGGUCACCUCCAAGGAAUACUGAGAUGCAAUGUGGUAAAUCAACACCACAGAACCACCAAAAAGAAAAUGAGGGUAAUUCAGCUUAUUCUGAGACAGGCAUUCCUGGCAAAUUUUUUGUACCAUACAAAAAAUAAGCCAACUCUGACAUUUGGAUUCUACCAUAGACUGUCAUUUUGUAGCCAUUUCAGCUGCCUUUUGAUUAAUGUUUUCAUGGCACACGUCCUUCCAUCCUUUUACGUUUAAUCUGUUUAAGACAAGUUCCUAGUAGACACCGUCUGGUUGAGUGUUUUUUAUGGUGUAUUUUGAACCCAUUCUGAUAGUCUCUUUUAACUGGAAAAUUUCAAUUACUUACGUUAAUGUAAUUAUUAAUAUGUUAGGAUUUAUCCUCAGUCAGCCAGUUUGUUAUGUCUUUUCUAUUCUACUAUUAUCACAUUUGUACCACUUAAAAUGGAAUCUAGGCACUUUAUCACCAUUUAGAUCCUAUUACCUUUUCUCAUCUAGGAUAUAGUUAUCUUCUAUAUGAUCUUUCUGUAUCUUAAAACCCAUCAAUAAAUUAUUAUAUAUUUUAUACUUUUAAUCACUCAGAAGACUUAAAAAACUCAUGAGGAGAAGAAUCUGUUAUGUUUUUCCAGAUAUUUAUACCAUUUCUGUUGCUCUUCCUUCAUCAUUUUCCAAAUUUCAUUCUGCAAUUUUCCACUUCGUCUGAAAGACGCUUUUUAAUUCUUUUAGAGUGGUUCUGAUAGGUAUGGAUUCUCCUAUUUUUUUCUGCCUCUGAGGACAUCUUUUUCUCACCUUCAUUCUCAGUGAUGUUUUUUGCUUGAUGUAGUAUUUUUAGUUGAUGUUGUUUUCUGUUCAGCAAUUUCCUUUUGGCUUCCAUAUUUCCUGAUGAGAAAUCUGCAGUCAUUCAAAUUGUUUUUUCCCUGUAUGUAGUGUGUCAUUUUUCUCUGGCAGAUUUCAAGGUAUUUUUGUUUAUCUUUAGUUUUUAGCCAUUUCAUUAUGUUGGGAAUGAGUUUCCUUGUUUUAUUCCCUUUGGAAUUUGCUCCAAUUCAUAAAUUUGCAGUUUUAUGUCUUUUACCAAACUUAGAGGUUUUCAGCCUAAUUUCUAAAAAUACUUUUUAUUAGCCUGAUUUUCGUCUUUAUAGGAAAUAGUUUAAGUGAUGACAAGUUCCAAUAGCUUAUAUGCCCAGAAGGCCUUCAAAAUAAGAAUUUUGAAAGGAUACAGAAAACAAACUUUUAUAUCCUUCUCAUGUUUUCUACUGUAAAAUUCAUAUGUUUUGCUACUCUAAACCUAGUUUGAAAUAAACAAUCUUGAGAAUAGAUGAAAA